AGAACAGCCCUGCUUACCACCUAAGGCUGCCAGUCAUGAGAAAGCCCCUGUUUUCCACCUAAGAUGUGUGCUGGAACUAACAAGGACUGUACCAGGGGAAAGGAUUGGGCCCAGGCUACAAAGGAGUCUAAUCUGUGUAAGAAGCUCAUUGGAACAUCUCUGAGGGUUGCUCUCAGCAGGUGACAUCAGAGACAUGAAUCUCGCCUGGGUCCCGCACCUCAUUGUGCUGGAGACGCUGCUGGGAGCCGGCUACACCAGUACCGACACGGCAGAUACCUGGUGCUACGAAGACCCAAAAUGCGGUCCAGAGACAUGGGCAGCUCUGGGGCACUUUAACGGCACCAGGCAGUCCCCGAUCAACAUCGUCACCCCUGCAGCUGUCCACAAUCCCCACUUGGGGGCUGUGUCCCUCGCUGGCUAUGGGGAUGCCAGGAAGCUUAUCUACAUGAAGAACAAGGGGACGACAGUGGAGGUGCAUUUAGCGGAUGGGCUCCAUCUCAGCGCCCAGGGGCUCCCAGCUAUCUACACAGCCAAAUCCUUCCACCUCCACUGGGGUCAGGGGGCAGCCCGGCCUGGAUCAGAGCAUUUCAUCAAUCACAAACAGUUCUCCAUGGAGCUCCAUAUUGUUCAUACCAAGAACAACCUGAGCAUGGCUGACGCCCUCAAGGAUCCCGAGGGAAUUGCUGUGCUGGCCUUCUUCCUCCAGGCAACAGCCCACGCACGCCCCUCCCGCUCCUGGGAUUCCUUCACCCGGCACUUGAAGAACGUGGCUCUGAAGGGGAAGAAAACGAAUCUGGACGGCUCCUUCUCCCUGCGCGGGCUCCUGGGCUCGGUGGACCUAGCCCGCUAUUACCGCUACCACGGCUCCCUCACCACCCCCAACUGUGACGAAGUCGUGGUCUGGACUGUCUUCCCCAGCCCCAUCCUGGUGCCUCCUGGCGUGGUGGCUGCAUUCCCCUCCAUCCUCCGCUCCACAAACUCAGAUGCUGGGCCCCGGCUGCAGAACAACUACCGGCCUCUGCAGAGCCUUGGGGAUCGCCAAGUGCAGGCCUCGGCGGCCCUCCGAGUCACCCCCAGCUCCUCUUCCAGCCCGCAGCCUGCAGCCUUGAUCCCUCUGCUCAUCAGUACCGCAGCAAUCGCCUGGCACCUAUAGGGGGACAGAGCCAGACACCUGGAGGCUUGACCUAGGCAAGGGGGGUGCUGGGAGCAGGGCCGCCCAGGUGGGGGGCAAGUGGGGCAAUUUUCCCCAGGCCCCACAGGGGCCCCAUGAGCCCUGGCCAAGAAUCCCUUUCCUCACCCAGCAGCAGUCUGGGUCUUUGGCGGCAUUUCGGUGGCGGGUCCUUCAGUGCUGCCGAAGAUGUGGAGCGACUGAAGGGCCCCCCGCCACCGAAAUGCCGCCGCAGACUUGGAGCGCCGCCCGGUGAGUACAAGCUCCCCCGCUUUGCCCCAGGUCCCCUGAAUCCUCUGGGCAGCUCUGGCUGGGAGCCUGGACUCCUGGGUUCUAUUCCUGGUUCAGCCACAGACUUCCUAUGUGACUGUCAUCAAGUGCCAUCCCUGCUCUAGGCUUCAGUUUCCCCAUCUAUAAAAUAGGGAUAGGUUUUGCUUCACAGUCCUGGAGACAGCAUUGCUCACAGUCCUCUUGGAGACUGGGUGGGAACACACUCUUCAGCUAAUAUAACUCAGGAGGACUGGAUCGCAAGCCCCCCACCAUCAGGGGUUUGGACUCAGUGAGUAGUGUGAGUGCGUGUGUGUGUGUCCAUCUGUCUGUCCUACUGACCCUUGCUGGAGGGAUGAGUCCUGCUCUGUGUGUGUGUGAAAGGAAAACACAUAGAACAGAGAGAGAAGCAGAGGCAAAAAGCAAGAAAGCCAGGUGUGACCGAGACGGUCACUUCCUGCAAUACCCUGGACAAACCUUACUGAAGUACCCUAGAAGUUCAUGGUAUUAAACAGGCAGAUGUUUCCGCAUUCUUGUGGGAUUGCAUGGACCCGCUCUAGAAGGAUCCUGGCUAACGUAAACUCUGGGAAGUGUUUGAAAGACUCUGAAACAACGGGCCAGCUAAGGAUGAACUGUCAGUUGAGAGGGAUCCCUAGGAGAUACUUUGGAGGACGGGAAGGCAACAUCUCACCGCCAGAGGAGAAACCCAUUGUCGGCUGAUCUUCUGCUACGGGAGGACAAGACCUGAGCCCUGAGCUGGAUGAAAGGAGGGACUCAGAUUCCGGGGGCUUCUUCUUCUGAGCUAACAGCUGUUAUGAACUUGUGACCACAAACAAACCCCCGGGUGUGCCUUAAAAACCUUCCCAAGCCCUGGUUGGGGUUCGGGUCAUCUCUGGGUAGCUUAUUUGCACGCGUGUAGGUUCUUGUGUUGCUCUCAAUACAUUUUCUCUGUAACGCUUUCACCUUAACA